UUAUUUCUAGACGUUAUGUUUGUGCAUAUACUCUAUCUUUUCACCUGUGGACUCUGUUGGGCUCAGGCCCUGGACAAUGGUUUGGCACUGACUCCCCCCAUGGGAUGGCUCUCUUGGCUGCGGUUUGGAUGCACCAUCGACUGUGAUGCUAAACCUAAUGAAUGUAUAAGUGAAAACUUAAUAAGAAGAACUGCCGAUUUAAUGGUAAGCGAGGGGUACCUGGCUGCCGGGUACCGGUACAUCACCAUAGAUGACUGCUGGCUGGAGAAGGAACGAAGUUCUGACGGCCGCCUCGUCCCUGAUAAAAAGAGGUUCCCUAGUGGAAUGAAAGCUCUUUCUGACUAUGUUCACAGUAAAGGCUUACUGUUUGGCCUAUACGAGGACUACGGCAACUUGACCUGUGAGAGGUACCCUGGCAUCAGGGGGCACGAGCUGUAUGAUGCUGAUACCCUGGCCAGUUGGGAGACUGACUAUCUCAAACUAGACGGCUGUUUCGCUGACGUUGAGGGAAUGAGCAAAGGGUAUCCGGCCUUUGGGCGAAUACUAAAUGCAACUGGCCGCCCUAUCUUAUACGCAUGUAGCUGGCCGUUCUUCCAAGAAACCAACGGUAUUCGCCCUAACUACAGCUCAGUAGCCGAUAGCUGCAACAUUUGGCGCAACUGGUACGACAUCCGGAACUCUUGGUCUUCCGUUCAGAGUGUGAUGACAUGGAUUGGAGACAACCAGGACAGGCUGGCCCCAUACGCGGGCCCUGGACAUUGGAAUGAUCCUGAUAUGUUGGUGGUAGGAAACUCCGGUUUAACAGUAGACCAGGCUCAAGUGCAAAUGGCUGUCUGGUCGAUCCUAGCUGCCCCUCUGAUGAUGAGCGUGGACCUGGCGCAAAUAGAUCCAGCCUUCAAACAAAUCCUACUGAACCGUGACGUCAUUGCUGUCAGUCAGGACAAAUUGGGAAAGCAAGGCUUGAGGGUCUGGAAUAGUAGAUUUUAUAGUAUGCAUCCGCAACAGGAGAUCUGGCACCGCGAGUUAUCAGAGGGGGCGCGUGCUAUUGCCUUUGUGAAUAUGCAGGCCACAUUCGUGACAGUCUCCUACACUUAUGAAAACAUGAAACUGCCAUCGCUACAGUAUAAUAUUAAGGAUCUUUACAACGUCAGAAAGGAGAAAACAUUAAAACCAGGGGAAAAAUUAACAGUACACAUCAACCCUACAGGUGUGAAGUUUUACAAGUUUACUCCAAUGACGUAAAAUUGGUUACCAACUCGGCUAUUAUAAAAAAUAUGCAUGUUUUUUUUUAUAUUAUGUCGUUUCAUUUCUUUAUCCAGAAACAGUA